CUUGAGGCUAAACUUGUUGUAGUGGAAAAGAGUUCUGUAGUAAUAGAUAAGCAAUUACAGAAUAAUAAAGAAGCAAUACUAGAAGGAUUAUCAGAAAUAUCUGCUGAUGAUGAUUUCGUAAUAGACUAG